ACCGGGCUCCUCCAGCGGAUCUGUGUAGUGCGUACUCCUCUGCAGCUGCACGGAGUGCAGGCAAGAAUGUCACUGACAUUCUGCAACGCCAGGACCACCUGAACACAACCUCGGAUCUGCAUUUUACCUCCUUUUUUUAUUGUCUUUAAAAUAAGAAACAGCCAUGGCGCGUGUCGUUGCACCUUCCCGGACACGUUUCCUCGCUGCCGUGACAUUCCUUUCACUAUGGGGAUCUGCCUUCGCUGUCACACGGUACUCCAUCCCGGAGGAAAUGGAAGAAGGCUCUUUUGUUGCGAACCUCGCCACGGAUCUGCGUCUGGACGUUCGCAGCAUGGUGGAGAGGCGCGCGAAGCUGGAUGCCAUUCACAGCAAGAAUUACCUCGACAUCAACAAAGAAACGGGGGAGCUGAUCAUCCGGGAGAAGAUAGACCGGGAAAGCAUCUGCAUGACUAAAACCACCUCGUGCUUCCUGAAGAUGGAAGUCAUACUCGAGAACCCCAUCCGCAUAUUUAACAUCGAGCUGGAGAUCAUGGACAUCAAUGACAACGCGCCGGUGUUCCGGAGAAAGACAAUGCACUUGGACAUAUCCGAGGCGACCCCUCCCGGUGAAAGGUUCUCAUUGACGAACGCCGUGGAUGCAGAUGUGGGGGCCAACUCCAUCAAGACCUACUCUCUGAGCGAAAGCAAAUAUUUUAGCAUCGACAUUCAAACAGGCAGUGACGGCUCCAAAUAUGUGGAUCUGGUGCUUAAAGGCAAGCUGGACCGCGAGGAGCAAUCGGUCCAUCAUCUGAUCUUGACCGCUGAGGACGGAGGAGUGCCCCCUCGGUCAGGCACCGCCAGCAUCAUCAUAAACGUCCUGGACAUCAAUGACAACGCCCCCCAGUUCAGUCAGCCAGUGUUUGAAGUGAAUGUACCUGAGAACUCAGCGGCAGGGACCGUUGUCAUGACCUUAAACGCGACAGAUUUGGAUGAAGGCGCCAAUUCGCAGCUGGUCUAUUCCUAUACUUUGUACACAUCUGAAAAGACCCAAGAGCUCUUCUCUCUGGACCCCAACUCCGGUGAGAUUAAGGUCAAGGGGGUUAUUGACUUUGAGGAGAGUCGGAGUUUCGAGAUGCACAUUCAAGCUCAGGACAGAGGAGCCAGUCCACUGUCCGGACUGUGUAAAGUGCUGGUCUCGGUCACGGAUCUCAACGACAACUACCCGGAGGUCACCAUCAAGUCUCUCAAAGGCGCCCUCUCGGAGGAUGUGGCGGUGGGGACGCUGAUCGCGGUGGUCAGCGUCAGCGACAGGGACUCCGGCCUGAAUGGGGAGGUGAUGCUCACCUUGAACCAGCAAGAAGUCUUGCCCUUCCACCUCAACCAGUCCUCAGAGGGCUACUUUGAGUUGCUGGUUUCAGAGCCACUUGACAGAGAAGCGAUCAGCAAAUAUGACAUCACGCUCUUGGUGAGGGACAAAGGCGCACCUCCUCUGUAUGAAAACGAAACCAUCACUUUAGAUAUUCUGGAUAUCAAUGACAACGCACCGGCUUUCUCCAAGUCCUUCUACACCAUCCACGUGGAGGAGAACAAUGUGCCAGGCGCUCUUCUGACAUCCCUCAGUGCAUUUGACCCAGAUCUCAAUGAGAACCAGUACUUGGUUUACUUCAUCAUGGAGAAGGAGAUUGUGAACACAUCCAUGUCAAUGCUGUUCUCCAUAAACCCUGAGAACGGUGAUCUCUACGCUUUGAAGACCUUCGACUAUGAAAGAGAGAGGGAUUUCCUUUUCCACAUCGAGGCCAGAGACUCCGGCGUUCCAACGCUCAGCAGCAAUGUGACCGUUCAGAUCAUCAUAGUGGAUCAAAAUGACAACACGCCUCUGAUUGUGUCGCCGUGGCGCGCGCAAGGCUCUGUGGUUGAGCAAGUGAUACCCAGAUCCACAGAUAAAGGACAUUUAGUGACCAAGGUCAUCGCCAUUGAUGCCGAUUCAGAGCAGAACGCGAGGGUCACCUACCAGCUCCUGCAAAUCACCGAUUCAAGCCUCUUCAGUCUGGACCAGUACAACGGGGAAAUCAGGACGACGCGAAUGUUCAGCUACAGAGAUCCGCGCCAUCAGCGGCUUGUGAUUGUUGCUAAAGACAACGGCGACCCAGCUCUCUCUGCCACCGUCACCAUCAAGAUCUCAACAGUGGAAAACUCCAUGUCCUUCUCUGAAACGACAGAACUGCCGCUAGCGUACGACAUGUUCACGGACCUUAACCUGUACCUAGUCAUCGGUUUAGGGGCGGUUUCCUUUCUCCUGCUGAUCACAAUCUUGGUCAUCAUUGUGCUGAAGUGUCAAAAACCCAAGCCAAAGGCCCUGAAGAUGCCCCCACCCAACAGAAACAGCGUGAUCAGCAGGAACAGCAUGAUCAGCCAGAGGAGCUCCACCAUUGCAGAUUCCACACUGAUCUCCAGCGACGCCUACUGGUACAGUCUCUUCCUGGCAGAGACGAGAAAAGGCAAAGUGGUGGUGAGGCAGCCCAUCAUCCCCAAGGGAGCAGGGUAUUUUGUAUCCAGUAUUCCGAGGAGCAUAGGACCAAGUGAGACAACAGGGUCCAGAGCAUCCACUUUGGAGUACUCAAAAUGAAGGGAAGUCCAUUCUACAACUGGAGCUACCCAGAAGAGAACUGCCAUGAAAGAAUCGUCUCUGAAGAGGAAUCUCUGGGCUGAUGUUCUUCCCUGUGACUCAUAAAGGAAAUGUAAAACGCCCAUCAACCUCCCACUCAGUCCCUCUGCUCCAGCGGUUCGAUCUCUCACGCUCACGAAUGAAAAAUCCUUUAACCAGCAUCAAUCCCAUUCAGCGAUUUGAACAUUCUUCUAAGCAUGAAUCUGCAUGAUUCGAAAAAACAUUUUGACUGUAAAUCAUUCGUGGCCAGAUUGAAACUAAAGCCCUGAAACACUGUGCGAUUUUGGGCCAAGAGGGACAAGAGAUGACCAAUAAACACGGCGUUACAUUUGGCACUGGACCAACCGUCAAUAACUACUGUAUUCCAACUGCUACAACCAACCGAACCAACUCGCUGGUCCAUGAAAAAUAAAUGAAGAGAUCCUAAAGUAUCCUUUCGAAUUUCGAUUCCGAUUUUUCUUAUUAGCUCAAAUAACGGUGCUAGUCAGCUUGUAUUAUAGAUUAUAUUUACUCUGUAAUGUUGUAAACCGGACACAGUGACUGUUAAUCUAAAUAACUGCUAAAAUUGCACAGUGUGUCUCAGGCUUUAAGCAACCUCAUAGUGCUCCCUGCCAACUGCUUAAACAACUGGUCAACAUGAUGGAAUAUUCUCAUUGCAGCUCUAUGAUUCAUCUCUUUGAUUUUGAUACGAAACACGCCUAUCGACAAGUCGCACAUGAAUCAGGGUAACUCUUUCCGUCCGUCCGUCCGUUCUCUUCGGCUUUGCUCUGUGGUUUAGAUCUGUGCUUUUUAUUUCAUGAAUCCAUUUAAUAUAAUAUUUCAGCUGUAGUCGAGACUCGCUGGCUGCGUUCACAGGGACCUUCAAACCAGAUUAUAUUCGGUGGAGGAAAUGACUUUCGGCUGGCUCUGUUUGGGAUUUAUGUCAUGUAGUUUGUGUUCACAUGUCAGCAAUAAAUGCCUCCUGCACACCUCAUAUUGAAAAAGGCUAAAACUGCUCAGUGUCAAAAACAUCAACCAAUAUAUAAUUCAGUGAACACUAAAAAAUAGAAUUCAGUUUCCACAUACUACCAUAAAAUACAUUGUGAUUCUGCCAAAGUUCUCAAUAGUGGGCCGCCAUCUUGUGACAUCACUGGAGGGACCAAACACUGGCGCGCUGUGCACUGAAGUAGCAGCAAUAUCAGCGAGCAAUGAGGGAUUUGUCAACUGUUUUUGAGGAAGAAGAGCAGGUUUAUGUAGACGACUUAAUGUUAUUUGACCCACGUCAUUGUGGAAGGACCAAACAUUUGAAUGUGAAAAAUGGGACUGACUUUGUCUUUUAUCAGCUAGUAUUGACGCCUCCUCACUGCUGUUUUGAUACGUUGGUAUCAUCGCUUGCCGUUUGUUCACGUUUGAAAACUGUAGGCAUUUGGAGUUGGGUUCAAAGCCUGUUUGAGGCAAACAUUCAGAGCAAAAUAAUCCUGCAAAACAGGCAAACGUAGAUGGUUUGGCACUCGUCCCUCAUUCUUUAAACUUGCUUCACUAAAUUCCUCUUCCAUGCUCACUGGCACCAUUAGAACAUCCUGCCUGUCAAUCACCUUUUCGGAAGCUGAAGCUGAAGCUGAAGAGCUUUUUCACUUCCAUUCUCAUUCUGGGGCGACAUGAUGUACCUCCAGUGAUGUCACAAACACUUGUUUUUGGUUCUCAUUCAGUGCCACACCGCUCUGAAUUUGUUUCACUUAGAAACAGUUCUAUACUUAUUUACUAUUGUAAUUCUGCAGAACCCACUUUGUAAAGGAUAUAUGCUCAUUUCAUGCUGCAUAUUUAUGCACUGUUCCAGAGGCGUGUCGGUGACACAUUCAUGCAUCACACGUGGUGUUGUCUAACUUGAUCCCUUUCACACUGACAUCUCCCAUUCAGAAACAGAGAGAGAAUGUACACUUUAAGCACAAAAAUAAUGAAAUAAUAAUAAAUAACAACUGGGAUACAAAAAAUAUGUAUGUAAUAUGUAUUUCAAAAUGUGUUUAUUCUGCCAACAAACCUACAUCCGCAGACUUUAUAGGUCACGGAUGCAAUUGUCACAGCGGUGGGAAAUCUGUGAACCGUUCCAAAGCUCAAUCUUUAUUGACUGGCUCAUUUCCAACCACAGAUAAAACAACAAAUGUGUUCUGGAAAACCAUGUCUCAUGCUGUGAUAUCGAGGGAUUUGAUUCAUAUUCUGGUCUUGCCCUUGAACAAGAAAAAGAAAAGACAAAAGUAAAUCAUGGUCAAAUAUUUCAGUUCAAAUUUUGGAGACCGUUGACCAGCUGUUAAAAAACUAAAUAUAAAAAAAAAUGAGUUUCGCUCAUUCAAGUAUUGCUUUGUGACAUUAGCGAUGUAAGCCAUGUGAAUGCAGCCAAAACCUUCUCCUUACUUCUUUUUUCAUCUUAAUGAAUGUGUGGAAACAAAAAACAGAAUGAACGAAAAGAAAGCUGUAAAAUGUAAUUUCUUUUUGGAUUGUAAGGCAACAGUAAGAUGGUGUGAGGUUUUUAUUUUUUUUUUUCAAAUCUUCUUGUGUCUGUAUUUUGGGUGUUCAAAUCCACGACGUCAGGGGAGCACCUCCAUGGCUGAGGCAGGAAGCAGGCACUGCAGUAGUUAUUGCUGUUUCAUGCCUCACACCCAACAAAGUUCAGAUUGGGGUUAGACAGCAGUCAAGGGUGAGGAGUGCCCCUCGAUAAAAUAUUCAUCCCCAGCAAGUCACAAAACUGCACGGUGGAACCAGAAAACUCACAUUCACGAAAAAAAAAAAAAAAAAAAAACGAAACAAAAAGUUUUCACGAUGACUUGCAAUACAAACUUAUGAUUAAAAAAAAAUCUAAUUUUGGCUGAUUAAUAAAAAAGAUUUAAAAAAAUAUAUUUAUAUUAUUACAAUAAAAUGUUUAUAGAAGCAAAUAAGCAACUUCAAAUGUACUUUUAAGUCCAGGUGUUGUUUUCCGACCUUUUUUACAGGUAUUUAUCGUAUUAACUUUCAUGCUGCUUUUGUGAGCUUCUUCAAGGGACUUUUGUGUCAUGUAGUGUAGUUGAGUGAUGUUUCAGUAGUGUAUAUAAUGAAAAUUUAGUCUAUUAAAAAUUACAUCAGGAGGUAGUUCAGAUCUUCAUGUCCAGGCUUCGUAUAGUAUAGUAUGCUUUAUCAGGAUGAGAAUUUAAGUAAGUGCUAGAUAUAAAAGAAAUGCGCCGCUGAACCCAAAGACAGUGUGUUAUAACAGUAUUAUUAAUGUGCGCUGAUUCUGUGAACCGUUUAGGACCACUCCCGGCUUGUUUUUGUCUCCUCUGACAAAAAAAAAAAUAUUUUACCACUUGGAGCGUUCGUACCUACAAGUGCAAAAUAGUGGAACUUUUAUACCGUGAAAUGAGAAAAGUACAUGGAAAACAGUCACUGGAAUGGAUAUUUUUAGGGAUAAAUUCAGGAAGGGAAUCCUGUACCAUAUAAGCUAUUCAAAGACAAACAGCAUGCUCCAAGGUUUCUACGCACUGGUGAUCUUCAUAUGCUCUCACAUGAGUGGUGAAUCGCCACAACACAAACAUGAUACAGACUUUCUUUUUCUCUCUUGAACUCAUUUUUGGGGUUGAUUCCAAACAAGACUGCACAUGCAAGAAGAGUCAUUUCCGGUCCAAUUCUCUCAAUUGUCUCUUCCCAGUGUUGAUCUGGCAGCUUGGACGUGAACACAAUUACCAAGCAAAAGAAAACGAUUCGAUAUUUACAUAAGGCAAUUCCUGACUUCUAUGCUAACUGAGGAUUAAAUUGCACAUCUGAUGAGCUUCUUGCGUGCCUUCCGCAUCGUGGAAAACAAACAAUGUCUUUGUGACUUUUGAUAAUUGAGAAUCUACCCCUGCAGGGAAACACCUUGCUCAAAGGAGAAAGGGGCUUGGCCUUUUGUUCUAUUCAGGAUCAGUAGGUGUGUUUACUGUACAUUUAAAAUGCUUUAUACUUUGUGUUUUUAUACUGUGGACUUUUUGAUAGCUUCACUGUCCCAUUCACUGUGGUUUGGAUCCUCUGUCAUUCCUCAUUUGUGUGUCCUGCACAGUUCUUCUCCCACUAAUUUGCCCGUCCGAUUGUACAGCGUGUGUCGAGAGUGGCGUCAAUAGUAAUCCAGCUCCAUCCCGCUCAGUGGAUCAGAGACAGUUUGGGAGAGAAUGGCUUUUUCUUUUUCGGUCUCGUUUAUUGUCCGGUUUUGAUGUUGCUUAUUUGGCUUUUAAUGUUCUGCCUGAUCAUUGCUACUUUGAAUAAAGCUUUUACAAAAGUC